CUUAAACAAACCUGGGACAAUCCAGAUUAGGCAUUGGUAAUCCGGAUUAGGAUUAGUCAAUCCCUAAUUCAUAAUUCAGGGUUUAAAAAUAACGAAAAUAAUCCACCAAUCCCGAAACUAAAGUUUUUUAAAUCAAUCUCCAAUCCAACACAAAAUUUAUCCACUAAAAUUUAGUGGAUAAAAAAUUAAUCCACAUUUGAAUUAGUAUUAAAUCUUGGAGUACAUAUGUGAAACUUAAUCCCCCGGGUUUUACGGUUUGGGAACGGCUAUAUAUUACGAUACAUUCAUACCCCACACACGGACGGACGGAGGGAGGCCCAAGUUUAAACAGAAAUUUUGAAACAAAAAACAUGGACCUGAUUCUAAGCACGGUUGAAGACCUGUUCGUCACGGUCAGCGUCCCUCUUUACGACACUAUAAUCCCAAUCCUUCGUAAAAUCCGGUUCUUCAUCCUACUCCCGUUUACCCCGAUUUUAAAACUCAUUACGGACCAUGCCUUCGCCCAGAUCGGGGUUAAGAUCGACUCCGACAUGAAAUCACACCCGGACAUGGUCAUCCUGGAUAACCGAUUCUACGCAAGGUUAUGGUCCGAUCAGGUGUUCGGUUUGGAAGAAAUGUACGUCGAGGAGUGGUGGAAGACGGAAAAUAUCGAACUUUUGUAUGACAAGAUUAUGACCGUUUUUGACAAGUAUCGGUGGUUUUUAAAGCUCCAUAUCGCCCACUGGGAGGGGAGGUUUCGAUGGGGCUGGUUGAACACGGGGCGGGCCGGGCAUAACUUCAAAGCGGCGGAGGAAUAUGAACUACGCGAGAGUCGUUUUUAGUCCGAUCUCAAAUUACUCCAAUGCUAAAAACUUAUCAAUUUUUGUAGUAAAACUAAAUCCUGCUCCAGCUUCUGCAACUGAGAAAGCGGGACAAAGUCUAUAUGCGUUAUAUCCAAAUUAUACCAAAGUAUGAAGGACGAUUUGGGUAUAACGCAUCUGGACUUUGUUCCAUCUUUGCCCUACUUUUUCAGUUAGCAGCAGCCAGCGCAGGAUUUAGUUUCACUCCAACAUUUCGCAAAGUUUUUAGCAUUGGACUGAUUUGAGAACGGGGAUCUAUGUGAACUACAUAUCUGUGCGCUGGCAUACAUACCUGUGCAAUUUUAUUAAUUCGAUUGUUUAAACCGGUUUGCUUACUUAUCUAUUUAGCUGUCGAGUACUUCAAACUGCUCACCGACAAGGAGCACAUACAACACUCUUGCGGCUACUAUGCCAACGGGGCGUCCACCUAUUCCGCCGCCCACGUCGAGAAGCUCAAACUGAUCGCGUCGAAACUUGAGCUGAAAGCGGGAAUGACACUGCUCGAUGUCGGCUGUGGGUUUGGCGGUCUUGCCAAAUUCAUGGCGGACCGAUACGGCGUCACCGCCGAAGGGGUCACGAUUUGCGAGUCGAUGUCAAAGGUGGCCCAGAAUCACUACAUUGGGAGCAAAGUCACUAUUAAGCAUCAACAUUGGCGGGAAAUGGAGGGGAAAUUUGACCGCAUUACGAUCAUUGAAAUGUUGGAACACGUUGGGAAACAGAAUUAUGAUGAGUUCUUUAGAAAAAUCGAAUCCCUACUGAAACCUGGUGGUCGGGUUCUUCUCCAACAUUACGCCGUGGACCCGGGUACUCCGCACUUUACCGAGUUUGGCUGUAAAUAUCAAUUCGGUCAGGUGUACUUCCCCGAUUUUGCUGAGUUCGUGUCCCCUUGUUCCCGCUACUUCCGGAUCGCCAACGUUCAGGACUUUUCCUUGGACGCGGAACGAUGCGCGCACCACUUUAUCGACAUGAUACAAGAUAAUUGGGCAGAGUUGGAGGCCUUGGUGGGACUCAAGGUUGUAAGGGCUCUUCGAGCAACGUAUGCCGAAGCCCUUGCCACUGUUAAAGCCAGGGCCGUCAUGAUCUACCAGACCGUCCUGGUGAGAAAGGAUGAUCGGACCAGGGUACCGGUGCAGUAAGAGAAAUCGGUUAAGACGUUAAAAAAAUCGUGGUACAAAAUGUGGAAAGAAUUACAAUUUCGAAAUUUAAAUACAAUUAAUAAAAUUACUUAUUGUUUUUUUAAUUUAGAAAAAUUAUGAAAUUAAAAAUACUAGAAAGAAUCCACCACGACUCCUCCUGACUUUAGCAAUUAUUUUUUUGAAAAAAGACUUGAAUAAAGGUUCCAUUGUAAAAUUUCC